GCUUAGCGGAGCCAGCGGGGCUUCAUCUUACAGUCAUAUGGCCUUGCGCUGUUUCUCCAUCCAGCAACAGAUUUACUAUGAUAUCGUUGAUAUCAUACUACCAUGUCCGGUUAGAUUCAGAAUCAGGAUCAGAAUCGUGGCCUUCCAUGCUUUCAACGGUGUGGCAUCCCCACGAGCAACAGCUUGAUGCAGUGCAACCCACAGCAGCAAGGAAAACAGCACCAAUCAAGGCCUCUCUCGAGCAACAGAUCGGCAGAUCUCCAUACUUCUACUUCAUCGUAACUUUGAAGACUCUCUCUUAUCGUGUAUCGGUAAUUUUACCGCCGAUACUCCGUUGUGUUGUUGGUCUAGCGCUAUUCGUCAAUAGUGCUAGGUAACGUCUUUCGCCCCGGCUAUAGCCUAUCGUCGGCCUCUACCUCCCCACAAGUCGGAGAAUGUGACAGCAAAGACGGAGAAAAAAAGUACCUUUUCUUAUUUUUCUGUCGAAGUUUAGAUCUCAGCCAGUCACGCUACGCUGGCUAGUCCUGGAUAGCCCAGGCGGGAAAAGUUGCUGCGUCUAAAAUGCCAUCUCAGACUGCUCGUCACGUCCGCCUAUCAUCGUUCAUUUCAACGACGACUGAGCUGGCCUUGGCUGACCUCAAGUUGGUAUCUGUUCGAC